UGGAGUUGAGGUCCUUGGGGGCUGGUGACUACAGCUGGCAAGGGGGUGAAGAGAUGAAGCUGCUCCUGACUCUAGCAGGGCUCCUGGCCAUUCUGCCCAUGUCCCAAGCCUCUGACAAUGCCACUUCAGUCCUCCUGGGAGAGGUGGAGACCUCAGUGGUGCUGACCUGCAUGGAAGAGGCCAAGCGGCUUGUGGACAAAGCCUACAAGGAGCGGCGGGAAAGCAUCAAGCAGAGGCUUCGCAGUGGCUCUGCCAGUCCCAUGGAACUCUUAUCCUACUUCAAGCAGCCAGUAGCAGGCACCAGGACGGCUGUGAGGGCUGCAGACUACCUGCAUGUGGCUCUAGACCUGCUGAAGAGGAAGCUUCAGCCCCUGUGUCCAGGGCCUUUCAAUGUCACAGAUGUGCUGACACCUGCUCAACUGAAUCUGCUGUCCAAGUCAAGCGGCUGUGCUUACCAGGACGUGAGGGUGACAUGCCCUGAACAGGACACAUAUCGCACCAUCACCGGGCAGUGCAACAACAGACGCAGCCCGACGCUUGGGGCCUCCAACCGCGCCUUUGCACGCUGGCUGCCAGCGGAGUACGAGGACGGCUUUUCGCUGCCUUUCGGCUGGACUCCAGGGGUCAAGCGCGGUGGCUUCCCCGUGCCCCUGGCUCGCGCAGUCUCCAACGCCAUCGUGCGCUUCCCCACAGAGCAGCUGACCAGGGACCAGCAGCGGUCGCUCAUGUUCAUGCAGUGGGGCCAGUUUCUGGACCACGACCUUGACUUCACCCCAGAGCCUGCAGCACGGGCCUCCUUCAUUACUGGCCUCAAUUGUGAGACCAGCUGCCUGCAGCAGCCACCCUGCUUCCCGCUCAAGAUUCCACCUAAUGACCCCCGCAUCAAGAACCAACGUGACUGCAUCCCUUUCUUCCGCUCCUGCCCGGCUUGUCCUGGGAGCAACAUCACCAUCCGCAACCAGAUCAAUGCGCUCACCUCCUUUGUGGACGCCAGCAUGGUGUACGGCAGCGAGGACCCCUUGGCCAUGAAGCUGCGCAACCUGACCAACCAGAUGGGGCUGCUGGCCGUCAACACCCGCUUCCAAGAUAAUGGCAGGGCCCUGCUGCCCUUCGACAACUUGCAUGAUGACCCCUGUCUCCUCACCAACCGCUCUGUGCAAAUCCCUUGCUUCCUGGCAGGGGACACCCGUUCAAGUGAGAUGCCUGAACUCACCUCCAUGCACACCCUCUUUGUUCGAGAGCAUAACCGGCUGGCCACACAGCUCAAGAGCCUCAAUCCCAGGUGGAAUGGAGAGAAGCUCUACCAGGAAGCCCGGAAAAUCGUGGGGGCCAUGGUCCAGAUCAUCACUUACCGAGAUUACCUGCCCCUGGUGCUGGGGCCAGCGGCCAUGAGGAAGUACCUACCCAGAUAUCGCUGCUACAACGACUCGGUGGACCCGCGCAUCUCCAACGUCUUCACCAAUGCCUUCCGCUAUGGCCACACCCUCAUCCAACCCUUCAUGUUCCGCCUGGACAGUCAGUACCGGCCCAUGGAGCCCAAUCCUCGAGUUCCACUCAGCAGGGUCUUUUUUGCCAGUUGGAGGGUGGUGCUGGAAGGUGGCAUUGACCCCAUCCUCCGGGGCCUCAUGGCCACCCCCGCCAAGCUGAAUCGCCAGAACCAAAUUGUGGUGGAUGAAAUUCGGGAACGACUGUUUGAGCAGGUCAUGAGGAUCGGGCUGGACCUGCCCGCUCUGAACAUGCAGCGCAGCAGGGACCACGGCCUCCCAGGGUACAAUGCCUGGAGGCGCUUCUGUGGGCUCCCACAGCCCAGCACAGUGGGUGAGCUGGGCACGGUGAUGAAGAACCUGGACCUGGCAAGGAAGCUGAUGGCACAGUAUGGCACGCCCAAUAACAUUGACAUCUGGAUGGGUGGCGUGGCUGAGCCCCUGGAGCCCAACGGCCGUGUGGGCCAGCUCCUCGCCUGCCUCAUUGGCACCCAGUUCAGGAAGCUCCGCGAUGGAGAUCGGUUUUGGUGGGAGAACAAGAAUGUGUUCAGCACGAGGCAACGGCAGGCCCUGGCCAGGAUCUCCUUGCCCCGUAUCAUCUGCGACAACACAGGCAUCACCACCGUGUCCAGGAACAACAUCUUCAUGUCCAACUCAUUCCCCCGUGACUUUGUCAACUGCAGUUCUCUCCCUGCGUUGGACCUGACUUCCUGGAGGGAGGCCUAGAGCUGGGAGCCUGCCUGGAGAGGAAGGAGGGGCUGUUGACCUUUCUGUACCAUUUGUUUGUACCUGAUGUUUAUAAUAAUAAACUGUCACUGCUGGUGAUCUC